UGGAGGAGGCUGGGAGCUCAGGUCUCUGCUGCAUUCAGAGAAGCCCGGGCUGCAGCCGCUAUGUGAAGUUCCCAGCACACACUCAGCCGCCACUCUGCACCGCCAAUUGUGGGUGAGCCAGGACAACAAGGAGAGAGAUCCCAUUUUGCUUUCUUAGAGAAAGGGCUGAGAAAUGAGCCGCCCAAGGAAUCUGGCAAGAAGAGUGAGAGGCAGAUUCCUGCCAGCAGCUAAGUUGUAAAAUUGCUUUGGAGGCUGCCCAGGGAGCCAGAUAGAAUUGAUAAGAGCAGCGCAAGCCGGGUUUCUGAGCAAAGGCAUGCCCGGCUGCACUUGAGUCGCGGCGCAGGAACGCUGCCUGUGCCUUCUGCAACUAUCUGUAGCUGAAUGAAGGAAUAAAGCCUAGAAACACAAUUGCAAGGGGGAUUCCUGAAAGGAAAACACAUCCACCCCCCAAAGAAGGGGAGCAACAACCCAGCUGACCUGUGCAUCUUAAAAAGGAGACUCCCUCAGACACACCAUGAAGUUAGAUGGACACGAAGCACUCAUGAACUCCCCCUUCCAGAAAAGCAUGCCUUUCACAAGUGAAAGUGCUUGGCUAGUGGACUCCACAGAACCUUGACUCCCUAGUGGGGCAUCAUCUGCCUUUGCGGCUCUGUCUGGCGGUGGAUGGCACCUCUGAACAGUGAUGCUGGCCUCGGCUUUACAGACUGCCAUCCCAGUGCCUUGUCUACUCCCUUGGAUUAGAAAAGCUCUCACUCAUUGCUCUCCAUGGUGGCCAGCCUCUUCAAGAGCUUGAUUUUAGCUUACCUACAGAAGCUUUGCAAAGGAAUGUUUACAAAGAAAUUGGGAAAUACAACCAAAAAGAAAGAGAAUCGUCAGCAGAAAAAAGAUCAAGAUUUUUCUACUGCUGGCCACACUAAACCCCCUAAAUUGUCGAAUACCCUGAAAAGCACUGUAAAAAAGAUUGCAAAGUGCUCAUCCACUCGUAACUUCUCCAUAGAAGACGACGAAGGUCAAAAGGACUUCUCCCUGUCACCCACGUUCAGUUACCGAGUCGCUAUCGCCAAUGGCCUGCAAACAGCUGUGACCAACAGUGAUGAGGACCUGCCGCAGGAGCUGUCCUCCGUUGAGAGCUCCUACUCUGAAUCCUUCAGUGAGCUAAGGAGCAGCGCCGAAAACCAGGCCCAGUCAACACACACCAUGCCUGUCAGACGUAACAGGAAAAGCUCAAGCAGCUUGGCACCGUCCGAGGGCAGCUCAGAUGGGGAGCGCACCCUCCACACCUUAAAACUGGGCGCUUUACGGAAACUGAGGAAAUGGAAGAAGAGUCAAGAGUGUGUCUCUUCAGACUCUGAGUUGAGCACCGUGAAGAAAACCUGGGGCAUAAGAAGCAAAUCUUUAGAUAGAACCGCCCGGAACCCAAAGACAAAUGUCUUGGAGCCAGGGUUCAGCUCCUCUGGGUGCAUUAGCCAAACCCACGAUGUUAUGGAAAUGAUCUUUAAAGAGCUUCAGGGAAUAAGUCAGAUUGAAAGUGAACUUUCCGAACUCCGAGGGCACGUGAAUGCUCUCAAGUACUCUAUCGAUGAAAUCUCCAGCAGCGUGGAGGUUGUCCAGAGUGAGAUUGAGCAGCUCCGCACAGGCUUUGUCCAGGCACGGAGGGAAACUAGGGACAUCCACGAUUACAUUAAACAUUUGGGUCACAUGGGGAGUAAGGUAAGCCUGAGGUUUUUAAACGUGCCCGAAGAAAGAUUUGAAUACGUUGAAAGUGUGGUGUACCAAAUUCUUGUAGAUAAAAUGGGCUUCUCAGAUGUACUGAAUACUAUUAAAAUUGAAUUUGCCCAGAGGAUAGGACAACAAAGGGAUUGCCCAAACGCAAAACCUCGACCCAUCCUAGUGUACUUUGAAACCCCUCAGCAAAGGGAUUCUGUCUUAAAGAAAUCUUAUAAGCUCAAAGGCACGGGCAUUGGGAUCUCCACAGAUAUUCUGACUUAUGACGUCAGAGAAAGGAAAGAGAAGGGGGGCUUACCUUCUUCCCAGACAUACGAGAGCAUGGACAUGAAGCUAUCCAUGCCAGAGCCCAAAGCCAAGAAGAAUGCUUGGCUGUCACCCAACGACAGUGACAGAGAUCUGGAGUCUGACGUCAGCAGAAGCAGCUAUGCAGACUCUCCCGCAAAAGGAAGCACAUCUAAGUCCAGCUCAAAGUCACACAGUGCUCGUUCUAAGAACAAAGCGACUAACAACAGAACAUCACAUAAGUCAGACUCCGAUAAACAGCCCUCACAGCUACCGGCAUCAAAUACCCCUGAAAAGCAAACAGCCCACUAUGUGGAAGCCACGCCACUCUGGCACUCACAGAGUGACUUUUUCACACCUAAACUUAGUCGUUCUGAAUCAGAUUUUUCCAAAUUGUGCCAGUCUUAUUCAGAGGAUUUUUCUGAAAGUCAGUUUUUUUGUAGAACUAAUGGGAGCUCCCUCCUUUCCUCUUCCGACCGGGAACUUUGGCAGAGGAAGCAGGAGGGCAUGUCUGCCUUGUACCACAGUCCUCAGGACCAGGGCUUGGACGGGAGGGUCCCAGCAGUGCAAGGGCAGAGUGAAAUUGAGAACACAGAAACAGUGGACAGCGGAAUGAGUAACAGCAUGGUAUGUGCGUCUGGAGACCGCAGCAAUUACAGCGGGUCCCAGCUGUCCCUGCAUGAGGACCUGUCUCCGUGGAAGGAGUGGAAUCAAGCCGAACAAGUCACUGAUGUUGGUUUAGAUUCCUCCACUCAAGAAGCUUUUGACUACGACACCAAUAGUUUGUCUGACCAACAACUGGAUGGCUUCAGCAGAGACCUAGAUGACCCGGGAAAGUGCCACAGUGACCUGCAAGAUGACUCGGAAAGCUAUGAUUUAACCCAGGAUGACAACUCCUCUCCGUGCCCUGGGUUGGAUAAUGAACCCCAAGGCCAGUGGAUUGGCCCAUACGAUUCUUAUGAAAAAACCAAUUCAAACGAGCCAUACCCCAACCAAAACCAGCCAUCUAUGAUGUACCGAAGCCAAAGUGAAUUGCAAAGUGAUGAUUCAGAGGGUGCCCCGCCUAAGUCCUGGCACAGUCGGUUAAGCAUUGACCUUUCUGAUAAGACCUUCAAGUUCCCCAAAUUUGGAUCUACACUUCAGAGAGCAAAGUCAGCCCUGGAAGUGGUGUGGAAUAAGAGCACACAGAGUCUCAGUGGGUGUGAGGACAGUGGCUCUUCCUUAAUGGGGAGAUUUCGGACACUCUCUCAAUCCACGGCAAAUGAGUCGAGUACCACCCUUGACUCUGAUAUCUACACAGAGCCCUAUUACUACAAAGCUGAGGAAGAGGAGGACUACAGUGAGCCAGUGGCAGACAGUGAGACGGAUUAUGUUGAAGUGAUGGAGCAAGUCCUAGCUAAACUAGAAAACAGGACUAGUGUCACUGACGUAGAUGAACACAUGAAAGACUAUGACCACCCUUCCUAUGAAACUCCUUAUGAGACCCCACAAGACGAGGGCUAUGAUGGGCAGGCAGAUGACAUCAUUAGUGAAGGAGAACUAGAAACCUUGAAUGAACCAGCAGUUGAAAUGGAAUUAGCGGAAGAUGAAAACCAAAACCUCCCUGUGGAGCCCCCGGAGGUCAUGAAGCCAAAGAGAAUCCGACCCUCCUUCAAAGAAGCAGCUCUAAGGGCCUAUAAGAAGCAGAUGGCAGAGCUGGAAGAGAAGAUCCUGGCUGGAGACAGCAGCUCUGUGGAUGAAAAGGCUCGCAUAGUAAGUGGCAAUGAUUUGGAUGCUUCCAAAUUCUCCGCACUCCAGGUCUUUGGUGGGGCUGGGCGUGGACUCUAUGGAAUAGAUAGCAUGCCUGAUCUCCGCAGGAAAAAGACAUUGCCUAUUGUACGGGAUGUGGCCAUGACCCUGGCUGCCCGGAAAUCUGGUCUGUCACUUGCUAUGGUCAUCAGGACAUCACUGAACAAUGAGGAGCUGAAAAUGCACGUCUUCAAGAAGACCUUGCAGGCGUUGAUCUACCCCAUUUCUUCUACCACCCCACACAACUUUGAGGUCUGGACCGCUACCACGCCCACCUAUUGCUACGAGUGUGAAGGGCUGCUCUGGGGCAUCGCGAGGCAAGGCAUGAAGUGCCUGGAGUGCGGGGUCAAAUGUCACGAGAAGUGCCAGGACCUCCUCAACGCCGACUGCCUGCAAAGAGCAGCAGAGAAGAGCUCCAAACAUGGUGCCGAGGACAAGACCCUGACCAUCAUCACAGCCAUGAAAGAAAGAAUGAAGAUAAGGGAAAGAAAUAGGCCAGAGGUGUUUGAAGUCAUUCAGGAAAUGUUCCAGAUCUCCAAGGAGGAUUUUGUGCAGUACACAAAGGCUGCCAAGCAGAGCGUGCUGGAUGGAACUUCUAAAUGGUCAGCAAAAAUAACCAUUACAGUGGUUUCUGCACAAGGCUUGCAGGCAAAAGACAAAACUGGAUCCAGUGACCCUUAUGUGACCGUUCAAGUUGGUAAAAAUAAAAGAAGAACAAAAACCAUCUUUGGAAACUUGAAUCCAGUGUGGGAUGAGCGGUUUUACUUUGAGUGCCAUAACUCGACAGAUCGAAUCAAGGUCCGAGUAUGGGAUGAAGACGAUGACAUUAAAUCCAGAGUGAAGCAGCACUUCAAGAAGGAGUCGGAUGACUUUCUGGGGCAGACGAUCGUGGAAGUCAGGACUCUGAGCGGCGAGAUGGAUGUCUGGUACAACUUAGAGAAACGGACAGAUAAGUCAGCUGUGUCUGGGGCCAUCCGACUGAAAAUCAACGUGGAAAUAAAGGGAGAGGAGAAGGUGGCACCAUACCACAUACAAUACACUUGUUUACACGAGAACCUGUUCCAUUACUUGACUGAAGUGAAGUCUAAUGGCCGUGUGAAAAUACCAGAGGUCAAAGGCGAUGAAGCCUGGAAGGUAUUCUUUGACGAUGCUUCUCAAGAAAUCGUGGAUGAGUUCGCCAUGCGUUAUGGGGUUGAAUCCAUUUAUCAAGCUAUGACGCACUUUUCAUGUCUGUCUUCUAAGUACAUGUGCCCGGGUGUCCCUGCGGUCAUGAGUGCCCUGCUGGCGAACAUCAAUGCUUUCUACGCUCACACAACUGUCUCCACUAAUGUGCAAGUUUCUGCCUCGGAUCGCUUCGCCGCUACGAACUUUGGGGUGAGUGUAAUUAUUAAGCUCGCUCACUUUCUCUCUCUCUCUCUCUCUCUCUCUCUCUCUCUCUACCAGGAAAACUUUCCCGCCAGCAGCAGUGAGAGACUGCAGGACCUGAAGUCCACUGUGGACCUGCUGACCAGCAUCACCUUCUUCAGGAUGAAGGUUCUGGAGUUGCAGAGCCCACCGAAGGCCAGCGCGGUAGUGAAGGACUGUGUCAGGGCCUGCCUGGAUUCUACAUACAAGUACAUCUUCGACAAUUGCUACGAACUCUAUUCUCAGCUAAUAGACCCGAGUAAGAAGCAGGAUGUCCCUCGGGAGGACCAGGGACCGACCACCAAGAACCUGGACUUCUGGCCACAGCUGAUCACACUGAUGGUCACUAUUAUUGAUGAGGACAAAACUGCCUACACCCCUGUUCUCAAUCAGUUUCCUCAAGAACUCAACAUGGGAAAGAUAAGUGCAGAAAUCAUGUGGUCUCUCUUUGCUCUCGACAUGAAAUAUGCUCUAGAGGAACAUGAGAAGCAGCGGUUAUGCAAGAGCACCGAUUAUAUGAAUUUGCAUUUCAAAGUGAAAUGGUUUUAUAAUGAGUAUGUACGAGAACUUCCUGCCUUCAAGGAUGCUGUUCCAGAAUAUUCCUUGUGGUUUGAGCCUUUCGUCAUGCAGUGGCUAGAUGAAAAUGAAGAUGUGUCCAUGGAGUUCCUUCAUGGAGCACUGGGAAGAGACAAAAAAGAUGGAUUCCAGCAGACAUCGGAUCAUGCCCUCUUCUCUUGUUCCGUGGUUGAUGUCUUUGCUCAGCUUAACCAGAGCUUUGAGAUCAUCAAGAAACUGGAAUGCCCCAAUCCUGAAGCCUUGUCCCACUUAAUGCGAAGGUUUGCAAAGACCAUCAAUAAGGUUCUGGUCCAGUACGCGGCCAUUGUAUCGAGUGACUUCAGUUCAUACUGCGAUAAGGAGGCUGUGCCCUGCAUCUUGAUGAACAACAUCCAACAACUGCGGGUCCAACUGGAAAAAAUGUUCGAAUCCAUGGGCGGGAAAGAGCUAGACCCUGAAGCCAGCACCAUUCUAAAAGAACUUCAAAUUAAACUCAACGGGGUUCUGGAUGAGCUCAGCGUCACCUACGGAGAGAGUUUCCAACUUGUCAUUGAGGAGUGCAUAAAGCAGAUGGGUGUUGAGCUAAACCAAAUGAGAGCCAAUGGCACCAGCACAGCCAAUAAGAACAGUGCGGCAAUGGAUGCAGAGAUCGUUCUGAGACCGCUCAUGGACUUCUUGGACAAAACAUUAAGUCUUUCAGCAAAAAUCUGUGAGAAAACGGUCCUGAAGCGAGUUCUGAAGGAACUCUGGAAACUAGUUCUUAACAAGAUAGAGAAACAGAUCGUCCUCCCUCCGCUGACAGACCAAACAGGACCUCAGAUGAUCUUCAUCGCAGCUAAAGAUCUUGGUCAGUUAUCCAAACUGAAGGAGCACAUGAUUCGAGAAGAUGCCAAGGGUCUGACGCCAAGACAAUGUGCGAUAAUGGAGGUGGUCUUGGCCACCAUCAAGCAAUAUUUUCAUGCUGGAGGAAAUGGCCUGAAGAAGAAUUUUCUGGAGAAAAGCCCAGACCUUCAUUCCCUGAGAUAUGCUCUCAGCCUCUACACACAAACUACGGAUGCUUUGAUCAAGAAGUUCAUAGAGACGCAAAGCUCACAGAGUCGCUCCUCCAAAGAUUCUGUAGGUCAGAUCUCUGUCCAUGUGGAUGUCACCACCACCCCAGGGACGGGAGAGCAUAAAGUCACUGUAAAAGUGAUUGCUAUCAACGAUCUAAACUGGCAGACCACGGCCAUGUUCCGCCCCUUUGUGGAAGUUUUCAUGCUGGGACCAAGCCUGGGGGACAAGAGGAGAAAACAAGGGACUAAGACAAAGAGCAACACAUGGUCGCCGAAGUACAAUGAAACCUUCCAGUUCAUUCUGGGAAGUGAGAACCGUCCAGGAGCCUAUGAACUUCACCUCUCAGUUAAGGAUUACUGCUUCGCCCGGGAAGAUAGAAUAAUUGGGAUGACAGUCAUUCAGUUACAGAACAUUGCGGAGAAAGGGAGCUACGGAGCAUGGUACCCUCUUCUGAAAAACCUCUCUAUGGAUGAAACUGGCUUGACCAUCCUUAGAAUACUCUCUCAGAGGACCAGCGACGAUGUCGCUAAAGAGUUUGUGAGGCUUAAAUCUGAAACAAGGUCUACUGAAGAGAGUGCCUGAAAUAAAUACUUCAAAAUGCCACCUUUGAGAAGUCAUAAACUCCCACUGUUUGACCCUUACAUGCAUGUGAAAACACACGGGAAUGUUAAAAUUCACUGCGUUUUGAUGUUUGCCACUAAUCAACCAUAAUGUCUCCAAGGUAUGUGAAAAACUUUUAUACCAACUCUGGUCUUUGAGAAAUCAAUGUUCCAUGAAGUGCCAAAAUUAUGAUGUAAAGUGAAAUAUCGAGACUACCUUUUACAAUGUUCUUCUCAUAACCAAUUUCUCCACCAUGAAGCAAACUAAAAAAUGUCUUGAGUUUAUUCAUUGGUUAUCUUUGUUAGAUCUCUUUAGAGUAAUCUAUCAGACAGCAUCUAUGACUUCCCUUCUGUUUGGUUUAACCUCACCUGACUGUAGACACCCAGGAGCUCUGAUUUUCUACCACACUUAGAAAUGCAGCAACUUCUAGAAAGUUUGUAAUUUUAUAGUUGCAGAUAUAUUGUGAUGACUUUUGCAUACAAAUUACAAUAGAAAAGGUGGGAAAUAUUUUAUGCUGACCACUUCCCAACCUUUCUAAAAUAUCACUGUGAAGAAAUGCUUUCGAAGCAAACUUACACAAAGCAAUGCUAACUAGUUUGUUAAUGUUUGAUAAUAUUAAUGAAACUGUGUUCUUUAAAACUGCCAAGGCACCCCCACAUCACAUUGGUAAUUUUAAAAAAAAGGAAAGAGUGGUAACCUGAUGCGUUUGCCAUGGAGCAGAAUGUCUCAGCUUUACCUAAUUCCAUUCUUUGGAAAGUCAUGGAAUGCAAAGACAGUUUGUCUAAAUUUCCUGUGAUAAGUAACUUGUUGGCCAGAAAAAUACUAACAUAUUUAUGACUACUUAACUCUACAACAAGAUAUUUCUUUUAAAAAUAUUCAAUGGUUUAUGUUGAAUGCAGCAUUACUAUAUAUUGCAGAGAAACCAAAAGUCACAUCUUCAUAUAUAUUUAGGAGACAAAAAUGUAAAAUAAACUCAACGUAAAUUGCUCAUGAUUUUGUAAUUCGUGUUCUUAUAUGCCCCAAAUGCAACUUGGUUACGAAUACAUGCAUUGUCUGGAUUUUUAUGAUUUGACUUUCCAGCAUCUGUAUCUGAAUAUUUGGCUGCAGAACAUCCUUUGUCAUUGUCACUUACAGCCACAGCUGUGAGUGGACUCCCAACACGUGCAGGAACAAGACACUGUUGCAUUGACUAUGUUAAGCAAGCACGCUGGUCUAGUACGUGCGGAGCAGAAGUGACUAGUGUCAUCCCCUCAACCAUUCUGCUGCUGGGUCUGGAAACACACGGGCUGGGGAGAUUGGCUAAUUUGUGUUCAAAUCUUAGGCGACUGCUUUGUUAAUGACUUUUCCAAAUGCCUCGUAUGAUGCAAUCUCUGGCAUAUGCAUUAAUAAAUGGAUGUGUAUUGAGCUCA